UCUAUUUCCGCUGCAGCAGCGAGAGAACGGGGCACGUCAAAAAAGAAAGGAAAAUGUGGAGAGGACAAACUCAGGCGAGAGAAGGAACACAGAACUACAUCUAUCAUCUUUGUUGAUUCAGUUGCCAGGCAGUUGUUAUUAUUAUUUAAAAUCCCAAGACGAAUAUCUGUCAGUUUAAGGGUCGUUUCGAGGUUAACUCGCCCCCCCCAUCUUGUUCGGUGGUGGUUCGCUUUGAGGAAGCAGCUCGGCUAGCCGCAGCUGAAUUAGCUCGCUGAGGAGAGAUGGGGACGAGAGCAAGUCGCCUCCAGGAAGACCCGGUUCCCCCUGCGUUUGGGAAAGAUGGCACGAAGCGGGAUUCCUACCGACGACCCCGCUGCACCAGGCCCACCAGUCUCAUGGUCGACUUCUCUGGGAGCUUCGAGGAAACGGAGGCCAACCGGAGCCGGUCGGAGGAGGGCAGCGACUCGGACCAGCAUGGGGGGGCCAGCGCGGACAGAAGCCCCGCAGACCUCCUCCACAGCAGCACCCCGUCCUCCGGUGUGAGCCCGGCGGAGGACCACCACAGCGACGGGAAACCCGAGGAGGACGGGGAUAUAAGCCCGGAGCCCGCCGUGGUGGCUGAGCAUCCGUCAGGAGAGGAGACAGGCCGCACACCCCACCGCACUUUUUCCGAUCGGCUGCCCGGGAAUAGGCACUCUUCCGUCCGCAGUGUGGGAGCGAGGUCUGCCCGGGUCCGAGGCUCCCACCAGCGGCCGGUGUCCGAGGCGUGGAUCGGCCUCUACCGGGUUAACAACCGCCAUGGCAAUAUCCGCUGUCCUUUCUGCUCCAAGCCUUUCCCUGGGGGUCGGAUCGAGGAUCACCUGCUGAGCUGCCUCACGUCUCCUCCCCUACCAUACAAUACGGAUGUGCUCAGUAAAGACAGCGGAGAGUGCUCCAUCUGUUUGGAGGAUCUGAUGCAGGGAGAGACCAUCGCCAGACUGGCCUGCCUCUGCGUCUACCAUAAGAGCUGCAUUGACUCCUGGUCCAAGGUGAAGCCCUGCUGCCCUGAACACCCCUUCGAUUGACUCCGGGGUCACAUGUUUUCUGCACAGUGACCAACCGACUCAGGAGACUACACUGAAUCCCAAUAAAAUCCCAAUAAAAAUGUGUAAUCGGACGAAUAAAAACCCACUGUUCUUCUCCCACGCAAACACAAAUUUGAUUGGAGAACAGACGAUCCCAAGAAGAAGCUUCUCCGUUUGGAUCGGUCCAUUUGAACUUGGUCGAGGCCAUUUUGUUGAAAUACAAGUGGAGGAGUUUCGCUUUCUAUUUUACAGACUUGGUUUGAAUCAACGGAGCUUAUAUAUAUAUAAAUAUAUACAGUAUAUAUAUAAAAAAACCUAUCCCAGUACGAUGGAAAUUGCCCGGAGUGAUCGUGAACUUUAGGGAGGAACACGUAAGAUUUGACCGUGGAUUUUCUCCCAUGUAUUUUUCUCUCCCUCCAAACGCGAUUGGUCCUUUUUAUUAAGUAUUUUGCAAAAAGAGUAUUGUUCCAUGUCAUACAUUGGAUGAAUGUUUUUCUUUCCUCGGGCUAACCCCAAAUGAACCAACCUCACACCAAAAGCGUAAACGUUGCUUUAUUUUUAACCAGCUGGAGGUCGAGGGCUUGAUUUUGGUGAAUGGGUGCUGCCGUUAAUAGGUGUAUUCUCUUUUCUAUUACCUGUAAACAUUUCAGGGGAAGUUUGGGGGCAAAUCGUUUUUCUAAGUAGGUCAGUUUUUUUGUAGGUGGUUGGUCAGCGCCGAGGUUAACGUGCUGCUACUUGCUGAGUGUUGAGGAAAGGGUUGUAGGUAUUCCAUGGGGUCGUAGAAGCGCUGGUGUCGGCACCAAUUUGAGCACUUUUGUCCUUCAAGGCUGAUUCAUUUUAAUUUUUUUCACAAAGUCUGGGAUAAGGUUGUGUGAGUGUGUAUGUUUGUGUGUUCAAAUGAUGACCAGGGACAGGAAAUGUUCUGAGCAUGAGUGUGUAUUCAAGAGUGUGAUUUUGUCUGUGUGUGUUUACUGUAAAUUGCCUAAAGUAUGCUUGGUCAAGCGGGUUACCCUUUCUUUUUUUAUGAUAAUUUUGUAUUCCAAUGAAGCUGGCCAACAGCCGUUACACGUGGCAUUGGUACGCAACGUGUCUCAUGUGGUCCCGUUGUACUUUGAAUGCGGUUUAGUGUUUUUUUCCUCCCACAAUCCCCUCUUCUUCUUCCUCCUCAUUCGCAACCACUGUCCGGAUUUUUGGAUCAACGACGUUUUGCCAUCUGGUUAAACUCAUGCCAGGGAUAAAGAGGACGGACGGAUUGAGGGAUGUAUUUUUGGGGCAUAUUUACACCAUGUGGCAUCUGCCUCUCUCCCCAACACUGGAGGCUAUUGGACAGCUGAUGGUAAAUUAUUACAUAACUCCCCCCCCCCCCCCUGGCCCCCUAUCUUUUUUUAGGAUUUUACAUAUUAUAUCAUCACAUAAUUAUUGCUCUGUGUUAAAUGGCUUUCCUUUGCAUUGUGUGCGUGUGUUGAUUGCCUUUGCCUGGCGAAGGGUUUCUUUGUGCAAGCAGGUAUUUGUGGUGUUUUUGAGUGCUGAACUGAAGCCCCGCAGUAAAGGCUGCUCAACAGAUGCUGUCUAACAUUGGGUUGAGAACACACAACAUGAAUCGAUUGCUUUGCCUGCCUGAACCACGUGUUUUAAAUCGCUGCUCAAAAGUGGUAUGGAUCAGUUUGGAGGUCAGCCCGGUGCACAGGUUUCCUACUGGCUAGUUUGUUCACCCCAGCCUCUUGUUUUUCCCCAGUGUUCUGCAGUCUGAGGUGCUACAACUUGUCCGGCCACUAGAGGGCAGCCAUUCUAACUUUUUGUAUCUGAGAAUAGAAAGAAAAUAAUGCCAAAAGUCUGUCUGUGUAUUUGGGGGCAUUGUGUGAGAGUGUGUUGAAGACGAGGUGCAUUGAUCAUUAGACGUUACAUUUGUUGUGGUGAUAAGUUAUGACGUUGUAUACUUUGGCUGGGAGGGAUGCGUGUGUGUGUGUGUGUGUUUGCUUGCAGGAGUUUGGUGGUGGUGUUUGGGUUGUUGACAAAGAUAAAAAGACAAUCUGAAAACCCCACAUCACUCAUUUACUUUCUUACCCCCUCUAAGCUGUGUGGUGCAAUACCUCAAUCUUUACCAAUGCUAACUAAACGUUGUGUGUGUGCUAAAUAGCUCCAACAAAGGACGGUCUUUUGUAUAAAUGUCCCCGAAUCUUUUGGUUUUAAAUCAGGGCACUAUUGCCCCCAAUGUUUUCGAAGAGUCACCACAGCGGCAACUGCACCCCGAAGAUAUGGACAAUCUGCCUUUACUCUGGUAUAACGAAACAAAUUGAAAUUCUAUUUAUUAAAUUGUAAAUAUUUAAUGCAAUUCAAGAAAAUGGCUUGGUCUUUGUCUGUUCAAUAUACUGUUUCUAAGCUCCUAUCUUUUGUAUGUCUCAGAAAUUGUUUUUAUAUGUAUUUUAUACAAUAAAUAUGUGUGAGAUGUUUUGUGAA